CGAGCAACUAGGACCAUCAUUGCACUGUUUGAGCAAGCCUGCUCUGCCUAGAUAUAUCUCUACCUGUUACCCUGUCCGCAGCGCUGCCCGGCUCCAGGCCUCGCCCAAGCUCCCCCACCACCCACGUCGUUCUUCUUUCUUGCGCCCCCGAUAGCCCGGCGCCGGGUCGGAUUCGGGACCAUCUGCCCGGUUCGAUGUCGCGAUCAUCAGACGACGCCUCAGAUACCAUCAUGGUCUCCGACCCCAACGCCCAAAGCCUGCCUGGCGGAGAGGCGGCACCAGCAGAGGGAGGCGGAGCGAACUCGAGCGUGCCGAAGCCGAAGCGCCUGGCGUGCGCGGUUUGUAGGAAGAGGAAGCUGAAGUGCGACGGCAUCAGACCGAGUUGCAGCACUUGCUCGAGACUCGGACACAGCUGCUCAUAUGACGAGGUUCGGAAGAAGAGCGGCCCUAAGAGGGGAUAUGUGAAGGCGUUGGAGGAACGGCUGAAGCAAGUCGAGACGCUCUUGAAGGGGCAGGAUAUCGGGGCGACGAGUCCCGACCCUUCUUCCAACUCGGCAUCCAUAGUCGCCGACGGGAAGGCGAAGCAGAACCAACAUCCUGCCGCGACAGCAACUUUCACCGUCACGGAUCCUUCGAUUGGCAUCGCCAGCGGAAGGGAUAUGGACCGGUGGCGCUUCAAUGCCGACUCGCCCCAGAACGUACCGAGGGACGAUUUCAACUUCAAUGGUAACAUGGCCAUGAACAUGAACGAUAUGGGCAGCAACUUCACUUGGGAGAUGAUCGGACUGGGUCUGGAAGAGCCCCUACCACCUCAAGAAACCAUUGAUGAGCUCCACCAGAUCUACUUUGAGAAGAUACACGCGUCAGUGCCUAUGAUCCACAAAUAUAGGUAUCUCACAGCCAUGAACCUGGCACCCGCUCAACGGCCGCCUGUCUGUCUGCGCUACGCCAUGUGGACUUUGGCCUGCUCAGUCACCGACAAGUACCUUGACCUCAAGGACCUGUUUUAUCAACGCGCUCGCAAGUAUGUCGAGUCGGACUACAUCAAGGGUUUUGGAGAGCAGAUCAUCUCCGUCGCCCACGCCCAGACGCACAUCCUGCUCGCCUCGUACGAGUUCAAGAUGAUGUACUUUCCCCGCGCCUGGAUGAGUACAGGUUCGGCGGUUCGGCUAUCGCAGAUGAUUGGUCUUCACCGGCUAGACAAUGCCGGCCUUGACGUAAAACAGUGCCUGCCGGUGGCUCGGGACUGGACCGAGAGAGAAGAGCGGCGGCGAACUUUCUGGAUGGCAUUUUGCGAGGACCGAUAUGCGAGCAUCGGCACCGGAUGGGCUAUGACGAUCGAUGAAAAGGACAUACUGACGAACCUCCCCGUGUCCGAUGAAGCCUUCGAGCUGAGUCGGCCGGAAGAGAACCAGUCUUUAGAGGAAGCCAUGACUCACUCGGGAGCCGGGAAGCUGUCCUCAUUUGGUAGUGUCGUACUUAUGGCCUGUCUUUUCGGCCGGAAUCUCAUCCACUUGCACCGCCCAGACGCAGGGGACCGGGACCACGACCUCCAGGGCGAGUUCUGGAAGCGGCAUCGGAACAUGGAUAACAUCCUCCUCAACACGUCUCUGUGCCUUCCAGAGUCCCUCAAGGUCCCCGCCGGUCUUGGAGACCCCAACGCCAUCUUCACCAACAUGUGCAUACACACGUCGACCAUAUGCCUACACCAAGCCGCCAUCUUCAAGGCUGAUAAGAACAAGUUGCCUGCCUCGGUGAGCGCCGAGAGCAAGAUCCGCUGCAUCAGUGCGGCGAACGAAAUUGCGAGCGUGAUGCGAAUGAUCUCACAUGUGGACCUCGCAGCGAUGAAUCCUUUUAUUUCAUUCUGCCUCUAUGUUGCUGCUCGCGUUUUCGUUCAGUACCUCAAGAGCAGCCCCGACGACGGCCAGACCGCAGACUCCCUCCGAUUCCUCCUAUUAGCGAUGAAUGCGCUGAAGCGAAGGAAUCCUCUUACCGAGUCUUUCCUUGUCCAGCUAGACGUCGAUCUCGAAGCGCUCGGAACCCGCAUACCCAAGCUCAAGUCUGCAUUCCCUCGCAGCAGCGAUAGCCCGAGCCCCAACCCGCAUCCCGAUCUGGCCCGAAAGGCGCCAUGCGAAAAUGUGCCGGGAGACUCUUCCCACGGGGUUAAGGGUAUUAUGGCUUUCCACAACGAACUCAAUUUUGUGAAGAGAUACGACGACGAUAGCAAUCCUGCCAACACGUCGGAGACGGCCGAUGUCGGCCCUAGUCCCGGGGUCUCAAAGACCCCAAGCUCGAGCGGCUUGGGGUCGCAGACCUGGGCAACAGGCGACCAGGCGACGGCGUUGCCGACGGCCGACGGUGUAGGAGCCGGGCCGUACAUGUCCAUCCACAACCUGGUGCCCCUGAACGGCUUCGUCCAGGGUGACGUCGACAGCUCCAGCACCAACGACAUGACGGGCGCCUCGCCGGACAAGGCCUCGAACCGCCCGACCCCCAACUCGAGCACGGCCUCGGAGCAGAGACACAGCCUGACGGCCGCCGCCGCUGCCCGCAUGAACGGCUCCAGCCGGAACUCGUUCGAGGCGAGUCCCGUACCGUCGAACCAGAACCUCAACAUGGCGGGUCCCGAGGUCGGGCAGCAACAGCAGCAGCAGGGUGUCAACGGGUUCUUCGGCGCGCCGCCGCCGGGUGGCCCCUUUGGCGGAUUGCCGCCCGGAGUCGGCGCGGGGCUGGCGACGGACCACCAGCGCUUCUCGAUGGCGGGGGAGGCGACCGUUGGCGGCGGUGGCGGCGGGUUCGUCGCCCCGCACGGCUGGGGCGACCUCUCCGGCCAGAGCGGCAUGACCCCCGUCGCCGAGGGGGUCUUCCGGUCGAUCAUGACGAUGGGGUCCAUAGACACGAUGGACUUGGGGUGGGAGACGAAUCCCUGAAGCUUUACGGC